AUGCUGGCCAGUGUGAAAAAGGAGAUUGCAAACUACGCAGAAAACUCCACGAUAAAAGGCAUACCGAAAAUUGUGAAGUCGAAAGAUCCUUUCAUGAAAAAACUUUGGCUGUUCUCAGUUCUGCUGUGGGCCGGGGUGCUCGCCUAUCUCUUUUACAAAAAUAUGAGUCAAUUUUUCGAUUGGCCGGUUAUGACAAAAUACGGAGAGAUGGUGGAUGGGACAAUAAAAUUCCCAGACAUAACGAUAUGCAACCUGGAUCCUUUUGCAUCCGGCUAUCUAUACGAACUGCCUGUUUACUAUUAUUUUGAAUUCAUGAAUAGAUCAAAAAACGAAUUAAUUAAUUAUUUAACUACAUAUAAAAAUACGAUAUUAUCGGACGCCUUGAUGGUUUACGACGAAUUUAAUUCUAUUUCCGGGUACAUUUUAAAUUUGCCUAAAAAACUUAGGGCGAAAAACUCGGACUGUCCGAACUUCAUAACUCGCUGCAACGUUUACUUCGGUAACAGCUGGUUCGACAACAGAAACAGCUGCUUGGAAAAUUUUGUAGCCCAUUGGAAUGAAAAUUAUCACACUUGCCACACCUUACAGGCCAGCAAACUGAGUCGUGCCAGCGCUCAAGCCAAAGGUAUACAGCUACUACUGAACGUUGGUCCUACCAAAGAAUUACAAAUUCCCUAUAAAAAUUCCUUCUCGACCUCCCAGGCGAGGGGGGUGCAGGUGAGUGUGCAUAGCCCUGGAACUCCCCCCAAUUUGCAAAGAGGGUUCAGUGUGGCUCCUGGUUCGGAAAAUAUUGUAACUAUUGUUCAGACGGAAAAGACGCGAUUGAACCAACCCCAUAACAAAUUGGGAUGCACGUACGAUAAGUUCUUGAAAACCUCGCCUAGCGAACGUUACACAAAAGAGGCGUGUAUUGACUUCUGCCGACAAGAGAAUAUCUACAGAGAGAUCGGAUGCGUCUCGCACUACUUGAACGUUCCUCAAAACUACAGAGAAACAGUAGACAUGUGCGGGAACUUCUCGUCCACCAAACGUGUAUUCGACGAAAGUUUCACGAUAAAGGAUCUAAACGACACCGUGACAACAAAUUAUUUAAAAUCCCUUGCCUAUCUCAACAAAAGCUGCAGUUACAACUGCAUGAAUCCAUGCCAUGAGACUCAGUACAGCACCUACCUAUCCAGCACCACUUGGCCACAAUUUUCAUUCCAGUUCAGUCUAUUCGACGCCUUCAUCAACCAAAUGAACUGCUCUCAAACCAACCCAAGAAUUGCCGAAAGAUACAAGAAAUACUACGACGUCUUGAAAGUUAGCUCUCAACGUAAUCUCAGUCUCUCCGAGGUUCUCAGCAACAUUUCAACAUCAGAAUUUACACAAAUUCAGGAAUCUUUCCUGACGAUAAAAUUCAUGAUAAAGGAGGACGUUCCGUAUUAUUCCAGGGACCUGGAGGCAAAUUCUUGGGAAAACAUGGUUGGAGUGACCGGGGGAAUGUUUUCCAUGUGGUUGGGCAUAUCUGCGGCUACUUUGGUUGAACUCCUUGAAUUGGUUUACAAUAUUUUGAAAAUAUAUUGCAAGAGUAAGAAGGAAGGUGAAAAUAAAAGUGUGGUCUUCGUUGUUGGUGACAAGAAGAAGGUUGGGAGUUAUCCAAUCGACAAUGAGGAGAAUUUAUACCAGAACUCGUAA